UCCUUCCUCCGCUCAUACCGAGAUCUCCGGAGAUAGAGACAGUCACAUAUCAGAGUCCACAAUUUGUUCUCCUAUGGACACAGUCAGAUGGAAAGGACAAUAAUAAUUGCACGGAUUUAUAAAUGUUAUUAAACGUGGGCAGCGAUCGGGAUGGAAAUACACGAUCAGGCGAUGAGAAGUUGUUUGAUCCGGCUUAUCGUGUGAGCUCUAGAGCCGGCGUCAAGCAUGAAAACUCAUGAUUUCUACAUCAUGAUGUUGCUGCUGCCACCACCACGUGCCAUUGUGAGGAUAAUGUGUUCAAGGUGUCCGUAGAUGAGGUGGGCGGUCCUCCACCACCCAUCAUGGAUGUCAGUUUAUGGACAUUUCUCUAUUCCAUACUGUGCCAUCUGAAUGGCUCCUGCUUAUGUCUUUGAUCUCUAACACUGGGCAUAGUUGCUCUGGACACAAUGACACAGAUGGAUUACAAGUACAGCCUGCUUGACUCCACUGUGGACGAUUACCACAAGAGGCCACUGCUCCUGCAGGUGGACAACACACCCCUGAACUUGUUUGCGUUUCUGGAAGUAAAACGCGAUCUAACGAAACGUUCGAGCACUGUGGGAUGCAAGAUUCGCCUAUACGGUUUUCUGUUCGGCCUGGCUAUCAUGUUUCUCAUCAUGGCGUCAUACGUUUUGACGGGGGACAAAAAGGGCCUUCUCUUCACACCGUCCCCUUACCACCUUAACAGCUUGGUCAGCCCUGGACCCUUUGCCUUCAACCUUUCUUCAGUAAGACACUAUGCACAUAUCAAACUGGUGGUAAAAUCCAUCAAAUCCAAGGUGGGGUUUCGUAGCAGCCGACAGCUUCCUGAGCUUAAAGCACUGAUGAGGAGCGAUCCACAUAUGUUUUCUGUCAUCCCACGCAAAUUCCUGCAUGGUCUCAAGAACCCCUGCUGGUAUGAGGAAUUCACUGGGAAUAUUACCACAGAUCCCUACAAGAUGAAUUUGUAUGGACGCUAUUCACGGCGCUUCCGGACAGUUUUUCAGCACUUGAGGAGCACUUUCUAUCACCAUCUGUUACAUCGCAACAGGAGACUCUACCGCAUGCGGUGCCUUCCUUAUUUCUACAUUAUUGGUCAACCAAAAUGUGGCACGACAGACCUGUAUGACAGACUACGGUUGCACCCAGAUGUAAAGUUCACCACUUUCAAAGAGCCGCAUUGGUGGACCCGCAAGAGGUUUGGCAUCAUUCGUCUUAGUGAGGGCUUGCAUGAUCGGUACCCGGUGGAGGACUACCUUGAUCUGUUUGAUCAGGCUGCUUACCAAAUCCAGGGUGAGCUAACUACAAACAUCAGCGGAUCACCCAGCCACCCAAAAAUCAUAAUUGGAGAAGCCAGUGCCUCCACUAUGUGGGAUAACAACGCCUGGGUGUAUUUCUAUGACAACACCACAGAGGGAGAGCCACUGUUUCUCAUCCAGGACUUUAUCCAUGCAGUACAGCCUGAGGCCCGCUUCAUUGUCAUGCUCAGGGACCCAGUGGAAAGGCUUUACUCUGACUACCUUUACUUUGGAAUUGCCAAUAAGUCUGCAGAGGAUUUCCACGAGAAGGUGUCAGAGUCCCUGCAGUUAUUUGAGGGGUGCCUUAUGGAGUACACAAUGCGCUCCUGUGUGUACAACACCACUGUCAACAACGCAAUGCCAGUGAGAUUGCAAGUUGGCCUUUACAUUGUAUACCUGAUUGACUGGCUGACUGUCUUCAGCAAGGAACAGAUUUUGGUUCUUAGACUAGAAGACCACGCCUCCAACAGGAAAUACACAAUGCACAAAGUCUUUGAUUUUCUUAACCUUGGGUCGUUGUCAAAGGAAAUGGAAUCACAAAUCACAAGAAGCCCAGCAUCAAACACAAGGAGACCAGCUGACAAAAACCUGGGACCCAUGCUGCCUAUCACUAAAGAGAUUCUGCAGGACUUCUACAAACCUUUUAAUGAGAAACUGGCUAAAGUGUUGCGAAAUGACUCCUUCCUCUGGGAGUAUAACUCAAAUCUCUGAAUGGACUGCCUUCAACAAGAAAAAAAGAAUGAAGAUCCUGAUUUUUGGGGAUUUUCUACUUUUUUAAGUGCCCAGAAAAAAAAAAACAACAUAUUUUAAUGUAAAUUAUUUUUAAGUUAUAAAUGCAGACAUGAAUCAGAGACAGAUAAUACCAGCACAAGAAAGUGGUGUGGUUUUGUGUGAUUCUGUGUGAGAGAGGAAGAGUGACAGAGUAUGUGAUGCUGGGAGAUAUUCAGUUCUGUGUUUUGUGUCCAGAUAUACAAUAAAUUGUGAAUUUUUAAAUAAGGCA